AUGGCGGCGGACUUGGGGGAUGCCACCGGGCGUUUCCCUUACCAUGACCAUCCUCGCAGCAAUGGCAAAUCUGUCUUCACCGGAAAUAUCUUGAAGGAUGUGUCCAGUUUUGACAAUCGGUUUUUCCGCAAGUCAGGUCGCGAGGCGGCUUCAAUGGACCCUCAACAACGGAUCCUGCUUGAAGUUGCGUACCAGGCGCUAGAAUCAUCGGGAUAUUUCACACCAAACUCAACUCCAAGGGAGUCAAACGUCGGUUGCUUUGUGGGCAUUAGCUCCUGUGAUUAUGUCGAUAAUGUGGCCAGUCACCCUCCCAACGCCUUCUCUGCCACGGGAAUGCUGCGAGCUUUUCCCAGCGGCGAUAUCAGCCAUUUCUUUGGCUUUACUGGUCCUUCGAUUACAUUUGACACGGAUUGCUCUUCUUCAGCCGUUGCUAUCGAUGCCGCUUCCAAGGCACUUCUAGCUGGCGACUGUAUUAGUGCUCUAGCUGGCGGUGUGAACAUCUUCUCGAGUCCACAUCUCUAUCAGAACUUGGCUGCCGCCUCAUUUCUCAGUCCGGAUGGGGUGACCAAAUCUUUUGAUGCGAGUGCCAAUGGAUACUGCCGCGGAGAGGGUGCUGGACUAGUGGUCUUGAAAUUACAUUCGCAGGCAGUCGUCGAUGGCGAUGCGAUCCUUGGUACAAUACUUGCAACAUCCAUCAGACAGAGCAGCAACACAGUCCCAAUCACGGUGCCACAUAGUCCCUCGCAGAUCGAACUAUACCACGGCGUCUUGAGGAAAGCAGGAGUUUCUGCACAAGACGUCACAUAUCUAGAGGCUCACGGAACUGGAACACCUAUUGGCGAUCCUCGAAAAUUCGCGGGCAUCAAAAAAAUCUUCGGUAGUAGGGACCGACAAUCAACUCUAUUCUUUGCAUCGCUGAAAGGAAAUAUCGGACACACCGAAGGAGCCUCUGGAGUUGCUGGGCUGAUCAAAGUCCUUCUCAUGAUGCAAAAGCGUGCUAUUCUUCGACAGACAAACUACCACAUUACUAACCCAAAGAUCAACUUGAUUGAAGGACAAAUUCAGAUCCCUACGCAGACUGAGGCCUGGCAUGUUGCUCAUCCCACGGCAUGUAUUAGCAACUAUGGCGCUGCCGGUAGCAUUGCAGCGAUGGUGGUCAGAGGGCCUGAUCUCUCGCGAUCAGAGGACCAAAUCCCAAAGAGAAAUCUACUGUCAAAAUGCCCAGUCGUGGUAACCGCCAAUAGCUCCAAGAGUUUCAGCGAGAACUGCGCCAAGUUGCGACAAUUAUUGCCAAUGAUAAUGCAAUCCACAGAAGCUCUCACUCUGGCAGACACCGCGUUCAACAUUUGCGACAGACAAAACAGAUCUCUGCCUCACAUUUUCGCGACGACCGUUUCCAGUAUCACAGAAUUGGACCAAGAGCUCCUCAUUACAGAAUCACAUCACGCUACUCUUCCUGAUCAAACAAAUAAUGUCAAUUCCAGACCAAAACCACUAGAUUUGGUCUUGGUCUUUGGCGGCCAGUCGAGUCGCCAACUAGCACUCAGUCGCAACGCCUACCAUUCAUCAGCUCUUUUGCAAAAAUAUCUUGACCAGUGCAACGAUGCUCUUGUACAAUUCGGAUACGAGAAAGGGUUGUACCCGGGCCUGUUCGACUCUACGCCAACAGAUGAUAUUGUGUCGUUCCAGACAAAACAAUUCUCUUUGCAAUACGCCUGUGCGCGGGCAUGGAUUGACUGUGGCCUGGAUGUGCAGUGUGUGAUCGGCCACUUAUUCGGCCAGCUUGUCGCAUUGACAGUAGCGGGUGUGCUUUCGCUCGUCGACGGGCUGAGAUUCGUCUACGGUCGGGCUGUCCUUAUGCGGGAUGGCUGGGGUCCGGAGAGAGGGUUAAUGAUUGCUUUAAAUGCUGACUUGGGAAUCAUCACGAGACUACUGUCAUCGGUGAAAAGGACAGACCCAUCGUCGCGUCUUGAGGUGGCGUGCUAUAACGGUCCCAGUAGCCAUGUCUUGGUCGGAUCAGUGUCUGAAGUCAACACAUUGAUUGAUGUGAUCAAGAGCACCGCAUCAAUCAAGUACAAGGUCCUCGAUGUGACACAUGGAUUCCACUCACGAUUCUGCGGCUCGAUUCACGUUGACUUGGAAAAGCUGGCCUCCAGCCUCACAUUCAAUCAACCGAAGAUCCCCCUCGAAACUUGCUCGAGAUUUGAGAGUUGGAGUGAGAUCACGGCCAAACAUAUUGCGAGCCAUACCAGAGAUCCAGUCUACUUCGGGGAGGCCGUCAAGCGUGUCGAGGCGCGUUAUGGAACGUGCACUUGGUUAGAAGCUGGUUCGGAUUCUUCCGUAACCUCUAUGGUCCGCAGAGGACUCACCGACAGGGAUCACAAAGGACACUUCUACUACCCUGUGGAUCUUAGUCGAGACGACGCGAUGGAUACAUUGGCAGAUACGACGGCGAGCUUGUGGAAGCGCGGUCACAGCGUCCAGUUCUGGCCCUUCCACCGGGCUCAACGACAGAGCUACAAUCAUAUCAACUUGCCACCAUAUAAAUUUGAGAAAAGGGACCACUGGCUCGACUUCAACCUCGCGUCUCAACAAAAUGUGCCGGAAAGCCCAUCGGUUGAUCGAGCGUCUUGCAACAAGCCUGAUCCAGUGCUGAUAGCUUUCUCUGGGUUUGAGGACGCACACAAACGACACGCCGUCUUCACCAUCGAUACACGAUGUGGUCAGUGGAAGACACUGGUCCUGGGCCACGCAGUCCUAGAGCAGCCAGUAUGUCCCGCGUCGUUGUACGUUGAACUCGCUCAGCGCGCAGCCAAGUGUCUCGCCGAGGACAGAAAGAUGCCACCAGUCGCCUUUUCUCGCUUCAGUAGGCUUGAGAUCGUCUCACCAUUGGGGCUGAAUCACAACGAGGACGUCCCGCUCAAGGUGUCACAAUCUGACCAGGCAGGCCUCAGGUGGCAUUUCGAAUUUCAUGCCGGCAAAAGAAAUUUAUAA